GAAAGAAUGACUAUUCCGUGGUUUGUGUUUGCAUAGUCGUUGAGGAAGUUUCUUUCUCGGCUCGCACUCAUUCAUGGUAAAAGUUGCAAGAUGAAUAAUCAGACCAACUCUGUGGUUUUGUCAAAAGACAUGUUGGAUUUGGAAGAAGAUGAAGAUCUGGAGGUUUUUAGUAAGAAAAUAUUAUCGACAGACGAGGAUCCAGCGCCCAACUCACCAAGCUCCAUGGUCAACCAGUACCAACUCGAUGAAGAUGAACAGCAGAGUGACAGCACCAAAGACUUGUUUGUGACAGUUGACAGUCCGGAGAGUCAUGUGACAGCUAUUGAGACCUUCAUCAUGUACAGAGUCAUCACCCAGACAACGAGAAGUGAGUUUGACUCUUGUGAGUAUGAGGUGCUCCGCCGCUACCAGGACUUUGUUUGGCUACGUAGCAAACUGGAGGAAACCCAUCCAACCCUCAUUGUUCAUCCUCUUCCGGAAAAGUUUGUGAUGAAAGGCAUGGUGGAGCGCUUCAAUGAUGACUUCAUUGAGACAAGGAAGAAAGCACUUCAUCGCUUUCUCAAUAAGAUCGCCGGGCAUCCCAUUCUGUCUUUUAAUCAGCACUUUAAACUCUUCCUAACAGCCCAGGAUCUGUCGACUCACAAGAAACAGGGUCCGGGCUUCCUGAGUCGAAUGGGCGACACGGUCCGAUCGGUGGCCAGCUCGGUGUGGGGCAUCAAAAGCCGUCCGGAGGAGUUCACACUUAUGCAGGAAUACGUGGAAAACUUCGGCUGCAAGAUCUCGUCUGUUGACAAGGUUACUCAGAGGAUCAUCAAGGAGCAGCGAGAGUAUUUGGAUGAGCUAAAGCAGUACGGGCCUCUCUACAGCCAAUGGGCCGAGGUGGAAGAGGACCUGCAUGACCCACUGCAACUUGUGGCCAACUGCGUGGACCAAUGUAGCAAAGAAACAGAAAAGCAGAUCCAGCAGCUUUCCGAUGUGAUGGUCCCGGCUUUUCAUGAGUACGUGCUCUGCACUGAGGUCAUAAAGAAUGUGAUGAAACGGCGUGACAAUAUCCAGGCAUACUUUGAGACAAAAAACGAAGCCCUUGCCUCCAAAAAAGCGGACCAAGAUGUUGGUCAUCUGGAGAAAGAAGUUGAGGCUCUGGCAGAUCGAAUGGAAACGGCUAAUAAUGCAUUGAAGGGCGAUUGGGUCAACUGGCAGAACAGUAUGAGAGCUGACCUCAAAUCUGCUUUCAUCUCAACGGCUGAGAAGAAUGUGGAAUGCUAUGAAAAGUGCCUUGCAGUGUGGGAAUCAUUCCUCUUGUCUCAAAGAAGGGAUCCCAUUGAGCUUCAAGAUGAAGAUGCUCUUAAUUAAUGAAGCGAAAUUUGUCUUGAAUAUUCCCUUGAAAAAGAAAAUCCUCAAUGUACGUAUGUCCCCUUUUAUACCCUCAAUCGCUGACAUAUGUCAACUGACAACAAC